AUGGAUUUCAGUGGAAAUCUACGAAGGAUCCAAAAAAGUCUGCAGCUAGCCCACCGUGAUGGUGCUAGAGUUCGUGUGGGUGCUGAGUUGGAGAUUCCCGGGUAUGGAUGUCAGGACCACUUCCAUGAAAUGGACACUGAACACCAUUCGUGGGAGGUGUUGACGGAGAUUUUGGAGUCGUCGAAAAAAGUAAAAAAUUAA